CAGGGGGGAGGGGGGGGGUCAGCGUCGACACGGCUCAACUUAGGCCAGGCUGCGCACUGGGGUCGUUACACAAUAGGUUAUCGUGAACAACCCUAAGGGAAGGGAUGAAAGGGAUGAGUAGAGGUGCCGUGUAGGCGAUAAAUCAUUGCCAAUCCCAGUCGCUAUCGUGACACGCACGCGCGCUCACACAGUCACAAUCACACAGUCACAGUCACACACACACACACACACACGUGGGCCGGCGGUGUCCUGGACCAGCCCGCCGGUCGCCGCGCCCGGCCACAGUCGUGGCCCGCGCAAGCACAACGUCAGUGAGUCCUUGGCGCGACUGCCGGUCGAGCUGCCAGCCAACCACACAGUGUGGCACACACGGCGAGGCCCUUGCGCGUCGCACACAGGAGCUGGGCUGCAAGGCGUCGCUUGCCCGGCUCUGCCCGCUCUGCCCGCGGCGAGGAGGACUACGUCGGCGUCCACAUUGUUGCGGCGGGGUGCCACGGGGCUCUAGCGGCCACGACCACUGACACGUCACGCCACCGGCGGGGAGUCGAACAAAAAUGGUGAUCAGAGCAAAGUUAGGCUCACUCGUGAGUGCUCGCGAGCUCGACCUGCUCGCCCACCUGUAGGUGUCAGUAGGCCGCGACAAAUGGACGCUGGGCCGCUGUUGGCGGAAAACGGGAAAUCCUCAUCCCCCUUCUGCCGGGCGCCGCUGUCGCCGCUGCGGUGGGCGCGCGGCCUGGCGGCGUGCGUGCGCGGCGUGCGUCCGCGGCAAUUGAUCAGCCUCCUGCUCGGCCUCUGCCUGCUCUACGGGCUGUACGUCCUCGCCGAGGUCCUCGCGCAGACUCGCCUGCUGGAGAAUGACCUGCCGUCCCAUAGAUACGUCUUGCACGCGCUGGGCUGGGAAACGGCCCCCGAGACCUCGGUGCCUCGGUUCCCGACGUGCACCCGGCCGGCGGCCGGCUCGCCGUGGCUGCUCGACACCCCGGGCUGCACGAUCCCCGCCCAGGAGCCGGUGAGCACUGAGCUCGAGAGCAUGAUCAGCGACUACCCCACGGUGACGUGCGCCGAGCCGCCGCCCCUCGUGCGCUCCAACGACACCCACCUCAUGAUGGAGCCGAGGCUCGUCGCCGCCUACAACGCCAGCGCCGUCUCCUGCUGCUACACCGCCAUGUGGCGCUUCAAGGGGCCGCACUGGCAGAGCGACCCCGGCCUCCACGGCCCGCUGCACGACGGCGUGCCCCACGGCAACGACAUACGGUUUGCCAAGGACUGCGUCCCGUUUGAGAGCGCCGUUGUUGUGCCGCACGAGUUCGUGCGAGUGACGUGCACGUCCAGCACGGCCAAGAAGCCCGUGUACGUGGACUACCACGCGUUCGUCCCGGUGAAGCGGCCCCGCGGCCACCCCGGCGGCGUGACGCCGCGCGAACACGCGUCCGAGGACGCGCUGAGCGUGCUCAUCCUGGGCAUCGACUCGGUCUCGCGCCUCAACCUGCUGCGCAAGAUGCAGCGCACGGUGGGCGUGCUGGAGGGCCGGCUGGGCGCGCGCGGCAUGCGCGGCUACAACAAGGUGGAGGACAACACCUUCCCCAACCUGGUGCCGCUGCUCUCCGGGAAGAACAUCCCCGAGCUGCGCGCCUCCUGCUGGCCCAACGACACGUCGCACUUCGACGCCUGCCCCUGGGUGUGGGAGCAGUUCAACCGCGAGGGCUACGUCAACAUGUUCGCCGAGGACACGGCGUGGAUGGGCCUGUUCCACUACCUCAAGCGCGGCUUCGCCAACCAGCCCACCGACUACGACCCGCGGCCCUUGCUGUACCUGGGCGAGAAGAACCUGGGUCGCGGCGGGGGUUUCAACGCGUGCUACUGCAUCGGCCAGCGCCACCAGAUCGAGGUCCUGUUCGACUACGGGCUCAAGUUCGCUCGCGCGAUGGCGGUGCAGCGCCGCAAGUUCUUCGGGCUGGUCUGGGGCACGUCGCUGUCUCACGACAUGCUCAACCAGCCGGACGAGGCGGACGCCUUCUACGAGCGCUUCCUGCUCGACCUGGAGGCCACGGGGCUGCUCAACAGCACGGCGCUGGUCUUCAUGAGCGACCACGGGCUGCGCUUCGGAGAGAUCCUCAGCACCUUCCAGGGCCACAUGGAGAACAUGCUGCCCGCCAUGUACGUGGUGCUGCCAGAGUGGGUGCGACGCCGGUACCCGCUGGCCAUGCACAACCUCGAGUGCAACCGGCAUCGCCUGGUCACCGUGUUCGACCUGCAUCGCACGUUCCGUAACUUCAUGGACCUGAGCUCGCUGGAGGACGAGCGGGUGCGCGCGGACGAGCACAGCGUGGCGGCCGCUUUCCGGGCGGGCCAGCCACCCCGAGGCAUCAGCCUCUUCACGCCGAUCCCUGUCACGAGGACGUGCGACCAUGCGGGGAUCCCCAACAACUACUGCGCCUGCCAGCACCUCACAGCGGCCGACACCAACGACCCCGACGUGCGGCGCGCGGCCAACUUCGUGGUGGGCCAGGUGAACGCGCUGCUGGCCCCGCAGUGCUGGCGGCUCGCGCUGGCCGCGCUGCUGGAGGCGCGCCGCGGCCCGCCCAUCACCACCUUCGUGCGCGCCAAGCACAACGCCACCACGGAGUACCAGCUCACGCUGCGCACCGAGCCCGGCGCCGCGCUCUUCUCCGCCACGGUGGGCUACAACUCUGGGACGGACGGCAUGUGGCUGGAGGGCUCCGUGAGCCGCCUCAACGCGUACGGCCAGACCAGCUGGUGCGUCAACUCCACCGCCCUGCGCCCGCUCUGCCACUGCAGGCACCCCGCCCCCGCCCGCCCCCCAGCCUAACUAGAACUACUGAGGGGGUGAAGAGGACCGACACGUCCACAUCACAUCAAAUGGUUUGGAGGUAAUAAUUAACGCAUGUGUCUGUUAGGACCUCACUGUGGACGUCAAAGUCCUGUGAGUCAGUCAAAAAGCGAAUAAUCAUGGAUUGGAGUAGUAUUCA